CCGGCUCCCGUUUGGCGGGUGCGGACGGGCGGACAGACAGACGGACGGCGGUGGCGACCGAAGGCGCAGAGUCGCGCGCGGCGGGAGGGCAGAGAAAUCCGCAGGGCGGGCAGGAGCCAGACUCGCAGCCUCCCGCCGAAGCGCCAUGGACGGCACCGGCAACGCCACCCUACUCUUCGGCCCGUCCUCGCUGCAGCCGGACAACUACACCUUGUCGCCCAACGCCAGCAGCCUGAGCCCCCGCUCAGACGCCCCCCUGGCGCCCGCCUCCAGCGCCGGCCCCAGCCCCGGGCUCAGUGUCGCGCCGGGGCCCGGCGUCAGUUUCAGCCCCGGCCCCACUCCGACCCUGACGCCGACGGCCGGCUGCUUCGCGGGUGGCGCCGCCGGCCCGAGCCCUACCCUGUUCGCUCAGCCCGAGGCCGCCCACGAGCCCCCGUUCUGGGACACGCCGCUGAACCACGGGCUGAACGUGUUUGUGGGCGCCGCCCUAUGCAUCACCAUGCUGGGCCUGGGCUGCACGGUGGACAUGAACCACUUCGGGGCGCACGUCCGUCGGCCGGUGGGCGCGCUGCUGGCCGCGGUCUGCCAGUUCGGCUUCUUGCCGCUGCUGGCCUUCCUGUUGGCGCUCACCUUCUCCUUGGACGGGUCGGCCGCCGUGGCGGUGCUCCUAUGUGGCUGCUGUCCCGGCGGGAAUCUCUCCAACCUGAUGUCCCUGCUGGUUGACGGCGACAUGAACCUCAGCAUCAUCAUGACCAUCUCUUCCACGCUCCUGGCCCUGGUCUUGAUGCCCCUGUGCCUGUGGAUCUACAGCCGGGCUUGGAUCAACACUCCUCUGGUGCAGUUACUGCCCAUAGGGACAGUGAUCCUGACUCUCUGCAGCACUCUCAUCCCUAUUGGUUUGGGCGUCUUCAUUCGCUACAAAUACAACCGGGUGGCUGACUACAUUGUGAAGGUUUCCCUGUGGUCUCUGCUAAUGACGCUGGUGGUCCUUUUCAUAAUGACCUGCACUAUGUUAGGACCCAAACUGCUGGCAAGUAUUCCUGCAGCUGUUUAUGUGGUAGCGAUUUUUAUGCCGUUGGCAGGCUACGCCUCAGGCUAUGGCUUAGCUGCUGUCUUCCAUCUUCCACCCAACUGCAAGAGGACUGUGUGCCUGGAAACAGGGAGCCAGAACGUGCAGCUCUGUACCGCCAUUCUAAAACUGGCCUUUCCACCGCAAAACAUAGGAAGUAUGUACAUGUUUCCCUUACUUUAUGCCCUUUUCCAGUCUGCAGAAGCAGGGAUUUUUGUUUUAAUAUAUAAAAUGUAUGGGAGUGGAAUAUUGUACAAGCAAGAUCCUCUAGAUGAGGAUGAAGAUACAGAUAUUUCUUAUAAGAAACUAAAAGAAGAGGAAAUGGCAGACACUUCCUAUGGCACAGUGAAAGCAGAUAAUUUAAUUAUGAUGGAAACCACUCAGACUUCGCUCUAAAUAUGGAGAUACACAAGAGAGUUUAUCUUGCUGAAAUAUUACUUCAUGUUUAUGGUCUGUGGUAGUGUCUAUGGUUUACAUAAAGAACAACAACUGGUUCACAUUAUUAUACAUGUAACAGUUUUGAUCUGCCCACCAUAAGGUUGCAUUGGUAUAUUAACCAAGCGUUUUUGUAAAUUACAAAUCAAUGUCGUAAUAUAACUUGCACCUGGGAUUGCUAGGGUACCGCCUGAACAAAUGUGCUUUUUUGGUUUU